UAGGCUCUCAAAUUUUACACCAACAAAAUAUCCUCUCCACAGCCAAAAGAACAUAAGGGAAAAAUAAAGAAAACCCCUCUUAAUUUUCCAGUUAGAGCUAAAGAAAACUUGUAGUAACUGUUUCUAAGCUGUUUUUCAAUGGCAACUUCAAUUUCAGCAACCGGGUUUAAAGGAGGUUUUGGUACUUCUUCAUUUAAGGUUGGUGAAGAUUAUGGCAUGUUGGUUAAGUCAGUGCCGAACCAUGUUAGGGUUGCAAAGCCAGUAAGAUUGCCUCCUAUGAUGAAGAAUGUUAAUGAAGGAAAAGGUGUUUUUGCACCUCUUGUUGUUGUCACUCGCCAGAUAGUUGGCAAAAAAAGGUUUAACCAGCUUAGAGGCAAAGCAAUUGCCUUGCACUCGCAGGUGAUUACUGAAUUCUGCAAAUCAAUAGGAGCAGACUCAAAACAAAGGCAAGGACUGAUAAGGUUGGCAAAGAAGAAUGGAGAAAGACUUGGGUUCCUUGCUUGAGCAAAAGGGCAAAACAAAACAGCAGUUUGUCAUCACCGUGUGAAAGUGAAACGUUUAAACAAUUAUAGUUUUAUUUUCAGGACUUUGCAGAUGUAAAUGUUCUCUUCAUCUGGAUACCUUUUGAAUCAGAAUGUUAACCAUAUUUAUUACUA